AUGUCCUCCGCUCCCCGACCAACGAGCCUCUACUCCUCAUCCAACACCAGCAAUACUUCGGCUCUACGCCCAUCUUCCCAACUCCAAUCGCAUUCACAAUCAGCACUGCAGACGCGAAUAAACGCGAAACGGACAGAGCUCGAGAACCUGCGACAACUACGAGAUUUGAGCGCGAACCUCGCAGGCCAACUGGCGGCGCUAGAGCAGAAGCUGAGCACUCUGCGCAACGGAACACAGAGCGUGGCACUGGUUCUUGCGAACUGGGAGAAUGUGCUCGGGGCGAUUUCAAUGGCUGCUACGAAAAUCCCGAAACCGCCGGACGAGCACGACGCGGAUGCCCAAGGAAACGCAGAAACGGAGAGAAAAAUGAAUACGGACACGGUCCAGGAGCUUCCGGUGCCGCUUGUCAGGAUACCAGUGCAAUCAAAGACCGAGGACGGAGGCUGA